AUGUUAAAUAGCUCAAUAUAUUCAUCCCCAAAUACAUAAAAACAUAGAAGUUCAUCUAUGAUGAUGUCUUUGGUUUAUGGAACUUCAGGUAUACUAUAAAACUAAAUAAUUAGUGUCUCCUAAUAAAUCUAGAGUCAUCUAAUUGAGUGAAAAAUUAUCUUAAUUAUCUAUAGAUGAGGAUAGAACAUUAAAAAAGGAAACUUAUGAAGAAAAAUUGAAUUCAAUAAAUUAAAAGGUUUAAAAAGCCCAUUAAAAUGAUCUUAGUAGAUUAUAAUCAUUAUAAGAGUAAUUAAGUAAAAUUGAAGAAACGUUAAGAAAUGAUUAAAUUAUCAGAAAUGUAAAAUAAAAUAAAAUUUAUUAAUAGACUAAUUCUAAAAACUUUCAUUAAAAUACUUUAAAAGAAUAAGAAAAAAAUGUAUAACAGAGUAUUUAGAAGGAUAAAAUAAAUAGAAAGACAUUUGAAAUGAGAUUAACAAAAUUGAUGGAUGAAUAAUCUUAUAAAAUGAGAUUAGAAUUGGCUAGAUAAUAAUAAUAUAGAAAAGAGACUGAAGAAUAAUAUAAAAUUGAAAUUGAACAUAAGAUUGAAAAUUUAAGUUAGGAUGUAAGGAAUGAAAAGAGAGAGAGGUAUGAUAAAAAUAUAAUUAAUAGAGAAAUGAUUUAUUAAGAAUUUGUUAGAAGAAUGGGAGAAUAAGUAUUUUCAGUAUCAGAAACAUUGAAUUUAGAAAAGAAAUAAAGAUCAGAAUCAUAAAAUUAAAUGGAAGUUAUGAUAUAAGAAAUAAAUAACAUUUUAAAUUUGUAAUUGGCUGAAGAAUAAAUAUAAAGAGAUGAAACAGAAAGAACAAUGAUUAGAUUAUUAAAUGAGACAUGUAAUCGGGUGGAGAGUUCCCUGAGAAAAUGA